CCUAAUUAACUAGAAGCUGCGAGCGGUGGGGUUAAGCGCGACGCUGCGUCCCCGGCCUAGGCUCGAUCCCUAAGCUCUGAAGCAGCCCCUUAGACUUGCGGCCACAGUCUCACGCCAUGGAUCGACAUUUCUGCACUUGUCGCAAGACCCAGCUCCGGAGUGGCCUCCUGUUCCCCCUGUUUCUACUAAUGAUGCUGGCAGACCUGGCUCUCCCGGCCCAACGUCACCCCCCGGUGGUGCUGGUGCCUGGUGAUCUGGGUAACCAGCUGGAAGCAAAGCUGGAUAAGCCAAAGGUUGUACACUACCUUUGCUCCAAGAGGACGGACAGCUACUUCACCCUCUGGCUGAAUCUCGAACUGCUUCUGCCUGUUAUCAUUGACUGCUGGAUUGAUAAUAUCAGGUUGGUUUACAACAGAACAUCUCGGGCCACCCAGUUCCCCGAUGGCGUCGAUGUUCGGGUCCCUGGCUUUGGGGAAACAUUUUCUAUGGAAUUCCUAGACCCCAGCAAGAGGAAUGUGGGUUCCUAUUUCUACACUAUGGUGGAGAGCCUUGUGGGCUGGGGCUACACACGGGGUGAAGAUGUCCGGGGCGCUCCCUAUGAUUGGCGCCGAGCCCCAAAUGAAAACGGGCCCUACUUCACGGCCCUGCGAGAGAUGAUCGAGGAGAUGUCCCAGGUGUACGGGGGCCCCGUGGUGCUGGUCGCCCACAGCAUGGGCAACAUGUACGCACUCUACUUCCUGCAGCGGCAGCCGCAAGCCUGGAAGGACAAGCACAUCCGAGCCUUCGUCUCAUUGGGUGCGCCCUGGGGGGGCGUGGCCAAGACCCUGCGCGUCCUGGCCUCAGGAGACAACAAUCGCAUCCCUGUCAUUGGGCCACUGAAGAUCCGGGAACAGCAGCGAUCAGCUGUCUCCACCAGCUGGCUACUGCCAUACAACCACACAUGGUCACAUGAAAAGGUAUUUGUGUACACACCCACAACUAACUACACGCUCCGGGACUAUCACCGGUUCUUCCAGGACAUCGGCUUUGAAGAUGGCUGGUUCAUGAGGCAGGACACAGAAGGACUGGUUGAAGCCAUGACACCACCUGGUGUGGAGCUGCACUGCCUGUAUGGGACUGGUGUUCCCACACCAAACUCUUUUUACUAUGAGAGCUUUCCUGAUCGGGACCCCAAAAUCUGCUUCGGCGAUGGUGAUGGCACAGUGAACCUGGAGAGCGUCCUGCAGUGCCAAGCCUGGCAGAGCCUCCAGGAGCACAGAGUGUGGCUGCAGGAGCUCCCAGGAACUGAACACAUUGAGAUGCUGGCCAAUGCCACUACCUUGGCUUAUCUGAAACGUGUGCUUCUGGAACCCUGAUUUCCUGCGCCAGGCAGGGCUGCUGGGUGGCUGGACCACGGAGCUUCUCUUGGCCUCUGACUCGUUCACGGUCUACAAGCUUGGCAAAGUUUGUGACCAUCAUUCAAGGUCCUAAGUCUUAGGAGGAGGCAUCUGCCUCAGGGGAAUGCUGUUUCUCAACCUUCUCAUUAAUGGCCCUGAAGAAGGAAGAAGCGAGUGUGGACUCCCGAGCACAUUUGAUGGAAAGAACGCUGCUGCUGGUGGUGAACUGUGACCUCACGCUGGCUCUGGAGGCUGGAUUGUUAGGCUCUUCACCCCAGUCCCUAACUCGACCAUGCAAUCCUCUUCGCUCUCUGGUCUUUCUACUCUAGCUCCCUGGGCCCUAACCUUCCAGAGAGGGAGGUUAGUUACUGCGUUGAUGUCCUGCCAUGAAAGGGUCCACAGAGAUCCCCGGGUGACCGUGUCCCACAAGCUGGCCUCAGGUAGCCUGCUACACUGGCCAUUGGUGACUAGAGCUGCUGGCUUCCCUGUGACGUCACUGGUGGACAUUCUGAGUAUGGGGUCUCCUGGAGGCAGUCGGGUAAAUCCCUGCAGGCAGGGUAGGUGGUCGUGCUCCCCACGACUCCUCCAGGUUGGAUUCUUUACAGUCCGCUCCUACCUCUCCUAGCAGCAUCCUAGUUCUGGGUGGGACAGUGGAGGACCUCUCAGUUCCGGGGGCCAUGUCUUAGGAUUCCUGAUCUUCCUGCUUGUGACGUAGGUAGGUCCCGGUACUGAAGCUGGUUCUGUUGGUUCUGGGACUGUAGUUUAAGGGGAUGGGGCGUGGCCUAAUGCCAUGCCUUCUCUUAAGGUUCCUAGGAAGAAAGUGAGCUCAAGGGAACAACCAUGGUUGCUCAGAGCUUCCCACCAGCCACCUUCUUGAGAACUCCAUGACCACGGUGCACCCGUCUGCAGGGUCUCUCUGCCAUCCACUUGGGCUGGCACAGGGUUGAGAGGUGGUAGAGUUCCUGCCCAACACUUGCUACCACUGGGCAGCUGAACAGGUUUGCAGGAAACAGUUCAGAGCUUUGAAAGGGCUCCCUAGAGAGCAGGAACUUAAGAGUCCCAGCUAAGGGGGCUUUGUUCGUUUGCUAGCCCCAGGGAUGCCACAUGGUCUCCGCAGGGAUGGGGAGUCUGGGCCUGCCUUAGGGACAGUGGACCCGACUGUGAGCUCCGGUCAGCUUUUAAGUUGGGGUCUCAAAACCACUUGGAAGCUGGGCCACACUGCCUUCCCAAAUCGUUUCUGGCACUGGACCCCCUUGUUAAACAUUCCUAUCAUCUGUCCCUCACCUGGGGGGUGGGACCCCCACUCGGGGCCCUGAGCAAGCUGUACCUCGAUUUUUAGCAAUAAAAGUAUUCUGGAUGCUGUAA